AUGGCGUUUAGCUUCAGGAGAGGCCGGAAGGGCCCCUUCAAACAUAUAGCUCAUGGCCUGGUCCCUGCCGCUACCAUAGCUCCUAAACCUGCAGUUCCCCGCACCCCUCCCCCUCGUAGUCAACCUUCUCCAGAAAGGCCCAGAUCUGCCCUAGCAGCAGCUAUCCUUGCAACAACACUAACAGGGCGCACUGUUGCUAUUCCUCAGCCUCGGCAGCGAUCACUUUCUGAAAGUGAUUCUACCUAUGUGGAACAAGAAUGUUUUGAACCGUAUGCAACAGUCACAGAGCUCAGAAUGGGGCCCAACUGGAAACUUGAUGGUAGUGACAGAUCUCCUGUACAGUCCCUGGAAAUAUCAGGCAAUUAUGAUGAGGAUGAAGACAUGGAUACCUAUCUUUCAGAUGCUGAUAAAGAGGCAGAGUCCAGCUGUCAGAGUAAUGAGAAAAGGGGAGAAAGCUUUAGCACCAAUGCUAUUUAUGCUGUUCCCUGCAAAAAUAAAAAGGAGGAGUUUCCACCAUCUCCUAGUACUAAUGCUGACAAGAAAGAGGUGCCUUCUCAUGAAAGUGAGCUUCAGGUACUGGUGGAUGAGUCAAAUGUGCAAAUAGAAGCAGAAGACCAACAUCUUGGCUUGAAUUUAAAGGAAGAAAAAUCAUUAGCUGAAAAUCUGAUACGUGAAAAGCCUCCGCCAUCGCCAGAUGUGUCUAUUCGGGCAAGGCAAGCACGGGAAAAUAUGACUAAAGAAAAGUUCAGAGAACUAAAACAAGAAAACUGGUCUCUGAACAAGGCAUACCAGGCUAUGGUCCAACAAUUUGAGGGAACAAAACAGCAAAUGGAAGAACAGCAAUUAAAGCUGAAGAGACUAGAACAAGAAAACAGAAGACUUAAAGAAGCUGCAGAGAAGUCACACAGAGAAGAGGAGGCUACAGAAUUACUUUCUCUCAGACAACAAGCGCAAGAACUGGUAGAUGAAAAUGAUGCUUUGAAAAUGACGGUCCAUCGUUUAAAUGUAGAAUUAAGUCGCUAUCAAACUAAAUUCAGGCCAUUGUCCCAAGAAGAGCAUCUAAAACUGAAAAGUUUACCCAUGAAAGGACCACCCCCACCAUGGCUGUUGGAUAUGAAGUAUUUGUCACCUCUUCUGUUGGCAUAUGAAGAUAGAAUAAGAGAAAAGGAAGAUUUAAAUCUUGAACAUGAGGAGGACAUGAAGAAUUUUAAAGUACGAGUUGAAGAGUUGGUGAAGGAGAAUGAAGACCUGCAUGAGCAAUUAAAUAAAAAUAACUUUAUUACUCCUACAGAAUGGCAACAGCUGCAAACUCAGGCCAAACUGGUCUUGGAAGAAAACGGAUUGUUGAUGGAGCAACUCGAAAUUCAACAAGCUAAAGCAAAAGAUAGUCACAGACAACAUGUUCAAGAAGCUUCAAAAUUGACCAAACAGAUAAUAAUCUUAGAAGAUAAGAAACAGAGUCAAGAAGAAGAGAUAGCAGAGUACCAGAAGCAGUUGGAAGCUUUGCGUUCUACUUGUGAAGAGCAGAAAGCCAAACUGGAUAGCAGAAUAGCAGCAGAGGAGCACUUUGCUUUGGUGAAUGAUUUAAAAAGCCAUUUACAACAGGAGCAGGAGAAAAAGCGCUGUGAGGUGGAAGCUCUAAUGGGAAAGAUAGCAUCACUGCAAGCUCAAAACAAGAAACUGCUUUUAGAGAAAAAUAACUUCAUGGCUGACAACAAGAUCCUGGAAACUGAGAUGGAAAUGACACAAAAGACAAACAGGCGAUUAAAGAAGAAAAUAGGUCUUUUGAAACUGCAGUUGGAGGAAGCAAUGGAAGAAGAAGUUGCAGCCCAUCACUAUCUAACAAGCCUUAUUGGUUUGGUGGAGAAGAUAGCUCAGGAACGUGAUCAUCUUAUUUUUUUGGCCAAAUGUUUGGAAAAUGAGAAUCAUGGUGUUCUCAACAAAAUAGUAGAAGGCAGUCUACGCUUAGGAAGAUUGGAAGAAAAAGUUAAGGUAUAUAAGAAGAAAGCAGCUGGGAAGCUUGGAGAUAUCAGUCUCAAGAUGACUGAGCAGGAGAAAGAAUUUGCUGGGAAGGCUGCUCAGUACCAGCAAGAAAUGAAGCACCUCCAGCAUCUGCUGCAAGACAAACAGGAAACCCUUGAUGAAGUGCUGCAGCAGAAAAGGAAAGUGGAAGGGGAACUUGAAAUCAUUUGGGAAUCCACAUCCAAAGAAAACAGGAGAAUGAGAGAACUCUUACAUAAAUCCCUGGGGAAGAACAACAUGUGGAGUACUGUCACUGUUCAUGAGCCACUCUUAAAUGAAAGCUCUCAGAAAGACCUAGUUUACGGACAUGAUUUUAGCUAUUGCGAUGUGAAACUCUCACCCCCUACUAAAAAUGAAAUUCAACAAGAAUCUCAGGGAUAAGACUAAAGAUGCGUUACGCAUCUUAUCCAAGAGAGAGAACUCGGUGCCUGCAUUUGACUUUUUCAACAACGCAAGAUGUAAUGGAACAUUUACCCUCUUCAAAAUUACUGUAUUUUUAAUGUCAUCAAAACGACAACAGCAUAUUCUCCAGCUGUAUCGUCAAUAGUGUAAAUCUAGCCUAAAAUAUAACUUUGUUUUUUGAAAAGGCUAUUCCUUGUUAAGGCAAAAUGUGGUACAGCUCUAAGUUAACAUAAAAAGACAAGUAUGUAGUUAACAAGAUGAACAACUGGUGGGCUUGGCGUUCUAGCACAGACACAUACCUUGCCACAAAACAAGCGAACAGCAAGACAGAAAGCCUCCAGUGUGGUAAAUAAUGUGUCUCUCUGUUUUAAUUAAAAGGACAAAUUUCAAUAAAUUCUCCCCAAAUCACCAAAUAAAGUAUAGACGGAUUAUGAUCAAAGUUGAAAAAAAUGUGUUGUCUGUUCUCGUUGCUGGUUAUGAGGCACCUUGACUUCCCGAGAUGCGAGUAUGUCCUUAUACCAGAUUGUCUGCCAGAAAUUUCGUCAUCUCAAGGACAGAGAAAAAUGUGACUGUGAAGCAGGCAAGACAGACACAUCCUCAUGACAACUGAUGGUGCCUGAACGCACAG